GUCCCUGCCGCCCCUAGCCCGGCCGGCAGCCUCCCACCUCGCAGACCUCCUCCAGCCUCCAGCCUGUGCCUGCCGGGCAUGGCUGUGACCUGGGGCUGAGCUUACAGGCUAAUGAGGUGGGAGGGAGAUUCCUGAAGACAGAGUGAGAGGACGAAGAGGAAGAGCAAAGGCAGAAGGAGGGGCGGGUUCCUGGCAAGGCUUUCGCUCCCAAAUAAAUUUCUGUGAAAGAUGGAGAAGGAAGAAGAGCCCACGAGGGAGCUGCUGUUGCCCAACUGGCAGGGCAGCGGUUCCCACGGCCUAACCAUCGAGCAGACGGAUGAUGGCGUCUUUGUUCAGCAAGUGGUGCAGAAUUCCCCUGCGGCACGCACGGGUGUGGUCAAGGAGGGGGACCAGAUUGUGGGGGCCACCAUCUACUUCGACAAUCUGCAGUCGGGUGAGGUGACACAGCUUCUGAAUACCAUGGGGCACCACACGGUGGGUCUGAAGCUGCACCGCAAGGGAGACCGCUCCCCAGAGCCCGGCCAGUCCUGGUCCCAUGACAGCGCCUUCGCCCGGUGCUCCGAGGUGGUGCUGAGCGGGGAUGAUGAGGAAUACCAGCGGAUCUACACCACGAAAAUCAAGCCUCGACUGAAGUCAGAGGACGGGGCGGAAGGCAGCGAGCCUGGGGAGACCCAGAGCCGCACCAUCACAGUGACCAGAAAGGUCACGGCCUACACAGUGGAUGUGACAGGGCGAGAGGGGGCCAGAGAGAUUGACAUCAACAGUCCCGAGUUCAAGAUCAAGAUUCCAAGGCAUGAGCUGACAGAAAUCUCCAAGAUGGACGUGGAGACUGAGCACGGGAAGACCGUGAUCCGUCUGCCGCAAAGCCCUGGGGCGACUAUUCAGACCACAGGCUACAGUGUUGACUUUGGGGCGACCGGACCAGAGCUCCAAGGGGUUGGGACACCUGGUGCUGGCCACUCCAAGGUCCAGGUGACCACACCUGGGAUCCAGCUGCAAGGCUUGGGUGUUGGCGGUAGCGGUAAGGGCCUAAAGGUGGAAGGAAAGCCAGAAGUCUCUGUUCAUACCAAUGUCCCUGCUUCUGUUGGCUUAGGAAGCAAGGGAGGAUCUGUCACUGGCCCUGGGGUCCAGGUUCCAGGAGUGGAAGUUUCAUCUUCACUUGGAGGCGGGACUGCUGAUCUCCAGCGCCCAUCCAUAGAUAACAUCAACAUUCCCACCAUGAAGUUACCCAAGUUUGGCUUCCCAGCAGCAGGACCUGAGGUCCAGGGCCCAGAGGCAGGCCUGGGCAUCUGCUCACCAGGCAUCUCUGUGGGGCCUGGGGGUGAUGGUUCAGGUUUGGCAGUGAGCGGAAAUGUCCAGGGCCCUAAAAUGGAAGUCAUAGCUCCAUAUGUCCAUGUUGAGGGAGUCAAAGGGAAGCUGAAGGGUCCUACAAUCACCACCCCAGCAUUGGAGGGCGACCUUGGCCCAAAAGGGGCAAAGCUUCUGGGUGCUGGAGGCUUGGACAUCUCCGCAUCCAGAGGACACGUUGGCAUCGAAGGCCCUACCGUGGAACUUGGAGCUCCAGAAAUUGAUCCUCUUGGGGCUGGUGGAAAACUGAAAAUGCCUCAGAUGAAAGUCCCCAAGUUUUCUGUGUCUGGUUCCAAAGGGGAAGGAGCUGCUGUGGAUAUAAAAUUGCCCAAGGGAGAAGUGAACCUUCCCAGUAUCACUGGAAACGUCAGCUUGCCAGAAGCGUCCAUCAGUGGGCCUGAGGGGAAAAUCAAAGACCCUAAAUUCAAGACCCCAGAGAUGAUGAUUCAGAAACCUAAAAUCUCCAUGCAGGAUGUAGACCUCAGCCUCAGGUCCCCGAAAUUGAAAGGGGAUAUGAAGGUGUCAGGUCCGGGAAUACAAGGGGAUUUAAAAGGUCCUCAGGUAGCCAUGAAAGAGCCGACAGUGGACAUAAAGGUACCCAGCCUAGAGGGGUCCCUGACUGGGCCCAAGAUUGGCAGCCCAUCUGGGAAAAUGGGGACCUGCAAAAUCAGCAUGGCUGAUGUCGAUCUGAAUGUAGGUGCCCCCAAAAUAAAGGGCCAGGUGGACAUUGCCACCCCGAAGGUAGAAGGGCAAGUCAAAGGCCCUGAGCUAGACAUCAAAGGCCCCAAAGUGGAUGUCAGCACCCCGGAUGUGGAUGUCCACGGGCCUGAGUGGCACCUGAAUAUGCCCAAGAUGAAGAUGCCCAAGUUUAGUGUGCCAGGGAUCAAGGGGGAGGGGCCAGAGGUCAAUGUGAGCCUGCCCAAGGGAGACAUUAAUGUUUCAGGGCCCAGCAUCGACAUUGCAGCCCCACAAGUCAACCUUGAAGGCCCAGAAGGAAAAGUGAAAGGGCCUGGUGUCAAGGUAUCAGAUGUGAAUAUCAAGGCCCCAAAGCUCUCCAUGCCAGAUGUAGAUAUGCACCUGAAAGGUACAAAGGUGAAGGGAGAAUAUGAUGUGACCAUUCCAAAACCAGAAGGGGAUCUGAAAGGCCCCAAAGUGGAUGUCAGCGCCCCAGAUGUGGAGCUCCACGGGCCAGAAUGGAACCUCAAGAUGCCCAAGAUGAAGAUGCCCAAAUUCAGCGUGCCAGGGUUCAAGGGGGAGGGCCCUGAGGUGGAUGUGAACUUGCCCAAGGCAGACAUUGAUAUUUCUGGGCCCAAAGUGGAUAUUGAAGCUCCAGAUGUGAAUGUGGAGGUCCCAGAAGGGAAACUGAAGGGUCCCAAGUUUAAGAUGCCUGAGAUGAAUUUCAAGGCCCCAAAGAUUUCCAUGCCAGACUUACAUUUGAAGGGCCCCAAGGUGAAGGGAGAAUAUGAUGUGACCUCUCCCAAAGUAGAAGGCCAGGGGAAAGUUCCAGAUGUGGAACUGAAAGGGGCCAAAAUGGAUGUCAGCGCCCCAGAUGUGGAACUCCACGGGCCAGAGUGGAACCUCAGGAUGCCCAAAGUGAAAAUGCCCAAGUUCAGCAUGCCAGGCUUCAAGGGGGAGGGCCCAGAUGUGGAUGUGAGCCUACCUAAAGCAGAUGUUGACAUUUCUGGGCCCAAGGUGGACAUUGAUGUUCCAGAUGUGGACUUGGAGUGCCCAGAUGCCAAACUGAAGGGCCCCAAGUUCAAGAUGCCUGACAUGCACUUCAAGACCCCCAAGAUCUCUAUGCCAGAUGUGGAUUUCAACUUGAAGGGCCCUAAGAUCAAAGGAGAUGUUGAUGUUUCUGUUCCCAAAAUAGAAGGCCCAGAAUUCGAUGUUAAAGGUCCCAAAUUGGACGUUGACAUGCCAGAUGUGAAUGUUGAAGGUCCCGAAGGCAAGUGGAAAGGUCCAAAAUUUAAGAUGCCCGACAUGCACUUCAAGGCCCCCAAGAUCUCCAUGCCAGAUGUGGAUCUACAUUUGAAAGGCCCCAAAAUGAAGGGGGAUGUGGAUGUGUCUGUGCCCAAAAUAGAAGGUGAGGUGAAGGUUCCUGAUGUGGACAUCAAGGGGCCCAAGUUGGACAUUAAUGCCCCAGAUGUGGAUGUCCAUGGGCCAGAGUGGAACCUCAAGAUGCCCAAGAUGAAGAUGCCCAAGUUCAGCAUGCCAGGCUUCAAGGGGGAAGGCCCAGAGGUGGAUGUGAGUCUGCCCAAAGGAGAUGUUAAUAUUUCAGGGCCCAAAGUGGAUAUUGAUACACCUGAUGUGAAUCUAGAAGGCCCAGAAGGGAAGAUCAAAGGCCCCAAGUUCAAGAUGCCUGAGAUGAACAUCAAGGCCCCCAAGAUCUCCAUGCCCGAUUUUGACUUGCAUCUGAAAGGCCCCAAAGUGAAAGGGGAUGUGGAUGUGUCUGUGCCCAAGAUAGAAGGUGAGGUGAAGGUUCCUGAUGUGGACAUCAAGGGCCCUAAAGUGGAUGUCAGUGCCCCAGAUGUGGACGUCCAUGGGCCAGAGUGGAACUUGAAGAUGCCCAAGAUGAAGAUGCCCAAGUUCAGCAUGCCAGGCUUCAAGGGGGAGGGCCCAGAUGUGGAUGUGAGCCUGCCUAAAGCAGAUGUUGACAUUUCUGGGCCUAAAGUGGACAUUGAUGUUCCAGAUAUGAGCGUUGAGGCCCCUGAGGGAAAGAUCAAAGGUCCCAAGUUCAAGAUGCCUGAGAUGAACAUCAAGGCCCCCAAGAUCUCUAUGCCUGAUGUUGACUUGAAUCUGAAAGGGCCCAAAUUAAAGGGAGAUUUUGAUGUGUCUGUUCCUAAGGUUGAAGGUAAUCUGAAGGGUCCUGAAGUUGACUUUCAGGGUCCCAGUUUGGAUCUCCAUGGCCCUGAUGCCAAAUUAAGUGGCCCAAACUUGAAAAUGCCAUCACUAGACAUUUCUGGGCCUAAAGUAUCUGCUCCUGACGUCGACUUACAUCUCAAGUCACCUAAGUUUGGCAUAUCUGGUCCCAAGAUAGAAGGUGGUGAAUUGGACCUGAAGGGCCCCAAGGUGGAUUUGGAAGCACCAAGUUUGAAUAUUGAGAGCCCAGACCUGAACAUUGAGGGGCCAGAUGUUAAAAUUCCAAAAUUUAAGAAACCUAAAUUUGGCUUUGGGGCUAAAGGCCCAAAGGCAGACAUCAAGUCUCCUUCAUUAGAUGUCACCGUUCCAGAAGCAGGGCUGAAUGUUGAGUCUCCAGAUAUCAGUGGGAAGGGCAAAAAAAUGAAGUUUAAAAUGCCUAGGAUCCACAUGAGUGGCCCUAAAAUCAAGACCAAAAAACAAGGAUUUGAUCUGAAUGCCCCUGAGGGUGAAAUUGAUGCCAGUCUCAAAACUCCAGAUCUAGACGUCAACGUGGCAGCUCCCGAUGCUUCUCUCAAGGUUGAUGUGAAAUCUCCCAAAACUAAGAAAACGAUGUUUGGGAAAAUGUACUUCCCUGAUGUCGAAUUUGAUAUCAAAUCUCCCAAAUUCAAAGCAGAGGCCCCACUUCCCAGCCCCAAACUGGAAGGAGAGAUCCAAACACCCGGAUUAGAAGUUUCACCUGCCGGAAUUAAAGCCGGGUUCAAGGGACCUGGGCUGGAGGUUGGGUCUGUUGGCCUGAGUGGGAGUCUUCCCAGUGCCAAUGUGGAAGGGCCUGACAUCCGUCUGAAGGCACCAAAGUUCAAGGGGCCUGGUGGGAGCAUCGAUUUCUCAGGGCCAAAGAUAGAAGGAGAUCUGAAAGCGCCCAGUGUCCGAGCCAACUUGGAUGCCUCUGAUAUCAACAUUGAAGUCCCUGAUGCCAAAAUCAAAGCUCCCUCCUUCGGCAUCUCAUCUCCUCAAGUAUCUAUCCCUGAUGUGAAUGUCAACUUGAAAGGACCAAAGAUAAAGGGUGAUGCCCCCAAAGUAGAAUUGGAAGGACCAGAUGUUGAUCUGAAGGGUUCAGAUGUAAAAAUCCAGUUCCCUAAGUUUUCCUUGCCCAAGAUUGGAGUACCUGGUCUGAAGGUGGAGGGUGGGGGAGCUGAUUUUCAUGGCCAGCUCCCCUCUCUGGAAGGAGGUGUGAGUGCCCCUAACCUCAAGGUCGAAGGGCCUGAUGUAACACUGAGAGGACCCCAAGGAAAUGUGCCUUCAGUGAACCUCUCCGGGCCAGAUCUUGACUUGAAUUUGAAAGGACCAAAGCUGAAGGGAGACCUGGAUGUUUCUGGGGGUGUCGUGGGUCCCAAGGUGAGUGUGGACACCCCAGGCCUUGACCUCAAAGGAGCUGGUGGGAAAUUGAAGAUGGAAGGUGGUGGCCGAUUUUCUGCAGAGGGAGGAGUGAAAGUGCCUGGUGUCGACAUCAAUUUAGAGACUCCAAAACUGAAUGUCGGCAUGCCCAAUGUGAAUCUGAAGGGACCAAACCUGAAGGGAGACUUGGGUCUAGCUGGUGACAUCAAGGGUCCCAAAGUGUCGGUGGAGGCCCCAGCCGUCAGUUUGGAGGCCCCGGGGGGAGCUAUUAAACUCCCCCAAAUGAAGCUGCCCCAAUUCGGCAUCUCCUCUCAAGGGUCUGAUCUGGACGUUAACGUCACAGGGCCGGAGCUGAAGGGGCCUGGGAUGGAUGUUGGCCUCAGAGGGGUGGACGUGAAAGGGCCUCAAAUCUCGUCCGAUAUGGACUUUAACCUGGAAGGACCAAAGAUGAGAGGGGGCUUCGGGGCCAGCGGCGAUAUCAAGGGUCCUGCUGUGGGAGUGGGUCUUGGCGGCAUCGACGUCAAAGGCUUGGGAGGCAGCAUCCAGACGCCUGAUGUCAAGUUGCCCAGAUGUGAAGCAGAGCUGCCAGAUGUGAAUGUUAAACUCCCGUCAGGGAAACUUUCGGGUUCAGGCAUCGGUCUUCAUGGGGCAGCUCCCGAAGUGAGCCUCCAGGGACCCGCGUUCAAUCUCUCAUCGCCCGAGGUCUCGGCAUCAGACUUGGGGGGGAUCGGUUUGAAGGGACCGAAAAUCCAAGGUGGUGUGGAUGUUUCUGGAGGUGUCAAAGCUCCAGACCUCAGCGUGGGGGGAGGACGCGUGAAUAUAAAGGGUGUGGGUGGAGAAUGGAAAGGGCCCCAGGUUUCUUCCGCUCUGGACCUGGAUGUGCCAAAGCUGGCUGGGGGGAUCCGUGUUUCAGGACCAAAGGUAGAAGGAGGUAUUAAGGGAGGCCAGGUGGGACUUCAGGGUCCCGGAGUGGGUGUGUCUGGCCCACAAGUUCACUUGGAAAGUGGCUCUGGAAGAGUGACAUUCCCCAAGAUGAAGAUCCCCAGGUUUACGUCCUCAGAACGGGAGCUAGAGGGCAGAGAAGUGGGGGUGGAUGUGAACUUCCCGAAAGUGGAAGGCAGCCUUCAGGCUGAAGCUGACGAAGGGGAGUGGGAGGAUGCCAACAUCAAGCUGAAAAAGUCCAAAAUCAGAAUGCCCAAAUUCACUUUUUCCAAAGCCAAAGCCAAAGGCAGUGCCACCAGCUCCCCGGAGGUGUCUAUGUCCGGCUCCAAAGGAGACCUCAAGAGCUCGAAGGCCAGCUUGGGCUCCUUGGAUGGGGAGGUCGAGGCAGAGGCAUCCUCACCAAAAGGCAAAUUCUCCUUCUUUAAGAGCAAAAAGCCCCGUCACCGGUCCGGUUCCUUCAGUGACGAGAGGGAGCAUUCUGCUCCGGUCACCCCUACGGGUACGCUCGAGUUUGGAAGUGGGGAAGUGUCCAUCGAGGGUGGAAAGGUCAAAGGGAAACACGGCAAACUGAAGUUUGGCACCUUUGGUGGGCUGGGGUCAAAGAGCAAAGGUCACUAUGAGGUCACCGGGAGUGAUGAAGAGGCUGGGAAGCUCCAGGGAAGUGGGGUACCCCUGGCCUCCAAGAAGUCCAGGCUGUCUUCGUCAUCGAGUAAUGACAGCGGGACAAAGAUGGGCAUAUAGUUGCCAGUGGUGGAGCUGACUGUUUCCAAAAAGUGAGAGGAAAGGCCCUUUGUAUGUGUGCACGUGUACAUAUAUAAAUAUAGAUUUACAGUAGGUAGGCUUCUGUGUGUUUGUACAUAAACUUCCAAAGAUUGACCCAAGGUCAAAAUCAGUGAUGAAAAUGGAGGCCCGGCUGGCACUUGGCCUGACCCCAGGCUAGGGUGAAGAGUCAGGCUGUGGUGAUAACAGCAAAAGGAGGUGAAUUUUUUUUGUUUUUUGUUUUUGUUUUUUGUUUUUUUUUUUCCAAUCCAGCCUAUCUGCAAAGUAAGCAGUAUUUGCCUUCUUAAGAUUUCAGUUUGCUCAUUAAAUGCUGAGAGCAUCUGUUUACUAAGCAAGCCUUGUGUUUAUCACUUUCAUUUUUAUGGAAUCUUUUCAGUGUUGGGGUCAUAGAAAUCUGACGUCCAUUUGAAUGCCUUUUUUGGGGGGCGUAGGCUUUUGUUUGCAAGGUAUAGGAGGGUGGGAUGGGAGUAGGGGUGGGAUGGGGGGGGUGAGACUUCCAUUUUGUCCUCCAAGGAUGGAUAAUAUUCCAAAAUUGUCCUAUCAGACACACACCAGGAUGGCAGAGAAGUCUUCCCCAGGAAAAUUGUGUUUUGUUUUUUUUUUGGUGGGGGGGGGAGGUGGUGAUGGUGCGCUUUAGCACAUCAGUUCUCCCCCCAAGCUGGUAAUUCUGACCUGUUUUGGGUGCUCCUGGUGAGAGGGGGUUAGAUAGCUUCUCGCUUAUUAGUGACUGACCCGCUUGACUGGGGUUUACAUACUUUGUACUAUGUGAGAUGUUUUUACCAGUGACUGCCACUUUUCUGAUAUUUGUCAUGGAUGCUUUUAACAAAUAUUACCUGAUUAAGAAUCCAGCACUUUAAUGCCAAAUUAAUUCAGAAUGUAAGAAAAUUCAUGCUGUAAAAUGCAAAUAAAGCCGCUAACAAGUAAUCUGGA